GCCAACAAUUAAGGGAUGAAAAAUAUACUUGUCCGAGACCUGGACGUGUACGCGACGUACCAGCUGACGGGCCCGUACGAGCUGAGCAUCCGCACGAACGCGACGGCGCUGAACAAGGCGACGCCGGUGAACUUCCUGCAGCACGUGUACCUGAACCUGGGCGGGGAGGGCAGCGGCGACAUCCUGGGCCACACGCUCCAGCUCUCCGCGUCCCGGUACACCCCGAUGGACGAGGAGCUGCUCCCGUCGUCGGGCCGCGUCGACCCGGUGGCCGGCACGAACUACGACUUCCGCACGCCGACGCCCAUCGGCGCGCGCAUCCGGAAGGUCAAGGGCGGCAAAGUCUACGGCUACGACAUCAACUACGUCAUCGACUGGGAGGGGAUGCGGAAGGUGGCGGUGGCGCGGGACGGCAAGUCGGGGCGCGCGCUGGAGCUGUGGGCCAACCAGCCGGCCAUACAGCUCUACACCGGCAACUUCCUGAACCACACCCAGGCGAAGGGCGGCAAGCUGUACGAGCAGUACGACGGGUUUUGCCUGGAGACGCAGGCGUACCCGGACGCCGUGAACCACCCCGAGUUCCCGUCGGUGACGGUGAGGCCCGGCCAGGUGUACAAGCACGACAUGCUCUACAAGUUCUCCUUCUAGCUUUUUUUAGUAACAGAUCUCCUUCUAGCUAUGGC